AUGGCUGUUUUGCUUUGUGCGUAUAUACUUUUGAACUGUUGUUUCUCUCGGGCAGUGCACGGACAGAAUGAAACACACUGGCCGUCGAAUAUAGCUCACCCCCAAAAGCAGAACAACAAAACAGAUAUUUACAUCGGUACCUACUUUUCGUUGGGCGGCAAUUGGGAAGGAGGUGGUGUAAUCCCUGCCGUAGAAAUGGCAUUCGAACAUAUUAAUGCCAAGGAAGAUGUCCUGUCUGAUUAUAAUUUACGAAUGGUGUGGAAUGAUACGAGGUGCGAAACAGGAAUGGCCACAAGAGUAUUUUUUGACCAGAUAUACCACUCCCCACAGAAACUCAUGGUACUAGGGCCACCAUGUUCCACUGGAAGUCAGGCCAUGGCAGAGACGGCAGUUCACUGGAACCUCGUAAUUCUUUCUUAUUCAGCAGCAUCUUCGGCACUUUCGAAUCGAGAACGAUAUCCAACAUAUUUUCGUACAUAUCUUCCGGACACUGCCCUCAACCCUGCCAGGGUGAGAUUGAUGAAGGACUUUGGAUGGACCAGAGUUGCAACCAUUCACGAAAACUAUGAGCUGUUUUCAUUGGCAAUUGACAAUCUUCUAACUUUGAUGAAGGAAAAUAAUAUAACUGCCAUCAAAUCCGAGAGUUUCUCCGAAAAUCCAAAGAAUCAAAUUGAAAAUUUAAAGAAAGACGAUGCUAAAAUCAUUGUCGCUAACACGUAUGCACGUAUGGCAAGGCGAGUUUUCUGCGAGGCAUACAAGCAAGGGAUGACGGGACCGGAAUAUGUGUGGUUCAUUAUUGGAUGGUUUGGUCCAAAAUGGUGGGAAGUGGAUGACCCGUAUGUAGAUUGUACCAUCGAGGAACUGAAGGCCGCUGUGGAAGGUUCACGGUAUAUCUCAUCAGAGAGUUUGCAGUUGUCUACAUCAGAAGAACUAACAGUAGCUGGUAUCACGGCCAGGGAGUAUGAACAGGAGCUGCGAGAGCGAAUGGAAUGGCCUGAAAACAGAGACUAUAUAUGGAAUGAGGUAGCACCCUAUGCAUAUGAUGCAGCAUGGGCAAUCGCGCUGACGUUGGACAAAGCUGCGUCCACUCUCGAAAAAAGACCGCUGUCGGGCGAUGCAUUCCGACGUCUCGAAGAUUUUACUUAUGACGACAAAGAGAUGUCUCAAUUAUUUUUCGAUUUCCUCUCACAAGCUGAUUUUCUUGGCGUUUCGCCAGCUGCAAAGACAACUAUUCAAAGUGGAACUCUCAUUGCUACCUUCUACAUACUUCCGGAAUGA